CCUCUCAUUAUGGCUCUCUCCAACCCAACCUCGCAAUCUGAGUGCACAGUUGAAGAAGCUUACACUUGGAGUCUAGUAAAAAUAAAUUAUGCAUUUUUUCUUAUCCUAUAAUUUGAUGCUUUGAUGCAAAGUAAUGUCUGAUUGGAUUUAAAUACAAAACUAAUAAAUUUCUCUGCUCUAAAAAAGGGACAUGCAAUUUUUGCCAGUGGAAGUCCAUUUGACCCUGUCGAAUACAAUGGCAAACUCUAUCUACCUGGCCAGUGAUCAAUUCAGGCAAAUAAUGCAUAUAUUUUCCCUAGAUUUGGUUUGGGUUUGGUCAUCUCUAGUGCAAUUCGUGUACAUGAUGAAAUGCUUCUGGCAGCCUCAGAGGCUUUGGCUGAGCAAGUAACAAAAGAGAAUUUGGACAAGGGUUUGAUCUGUCCACCAUUCUCUAAUAUCAGAAAGAUCUCUGGCCACAUUGCUGUUAAUGUGGUUGCUAAAAGCAUAUGAACUUGAGAAGGAUCGAGAAUUGGGGGAAGCCUUAGAGAGAAGGCAGUUGAAGAGUUUCUGUUCUAUAUGUAUUCUCUCUUCUGUAAAAGAUAUUAAGGUUGUCCGAAAACAGCAUUUAUUGCUUUGCACGUUGCUUAUAUGCAAUGCUGCUGCCAUGGAGACACUUCCCAUAUUUCUGGAUAGUCUGGUUACUGCUUGGGGUGCCAUCCUGAUUUCAGUUACAUUGAUACUUCUGUUUGGAGAGGCUGGAAAAGGUGGAGAACUCACACAUGAUGAGACAACAAUUAUUGCUGGAGCACUUGGGCUUACUGAGAAAACAGCCAGUGAUGCCAUGACUCCCAUAUCUGACACUUUUGCUGUUGAUAUCAAUGCCAAGCUUGACAGGGAGCUGAUGAAUUUAAUUUUGGAGAAAGGGCAUAGAAGAGUGCCAGUCUACUAUGAGCAACCUACAAACAUAAUUGGACUUGUUUUGGUAAAUUGUUUGUUUGUGCUUCAUGUAAUUUGAAAAUAAAUUGUUUAUUUUGUCACUCUUUGGAGAAUGAUCAUUUUUCAACUGACUUUAGUUUAUUAGUAUGCUCAUUUUUUAAACUUGACAUGCUGUUUUAGAACCAUCUCUGCUCAUUUUCAUUUUCUCUUACCCUCCUGCUUCACUCCGCCCUAUCUAGAAAGCAUAUCUCAUAGUUUGGGACCCUUUAGACUUUCAUGCAGAAAAAUUCUUUCUUUUGGUAAAGUACAUGCAGAUAAAUUCUUGUGAGAGUCUGACAUAAGAAGUUUUCUUGUGAUUUUUACAGUGGAAAAUAAGCUAUAAAAAGAUUUUGGCUCCUUAUUUUGUUCUUGAUGCAAAAGAUGUAUACACAAGAAGAGUUGAGAAGAUAUAUUAUGAAUUUAUUGCAGUAUUAUACCUUCAAACAUAGUAUUAAAACCUAUGAUGCAUGCAAAAAAGAGGUAAAGGAAAUUAAAAUUUACUUUGAUUUUGUUUGUGUGUUUAUUAGCUAAUUGAGUGAUUAGUAGUUAAGUACUAUGGAUCAAUUAACAACCUUGUCCUUUCCAACUUGAGCCAGUAAUAUAAAGUUUUUAGGAAAAGUAUAGUUAUUCCUGAAUUACUUCUUUUAUCCUUGUGUCAUAUAAUGGUCCUAUCAUGCUAGACUCCUGAAUCUAGUAUGAAUAUAUCCUUAUCUCUAUGUUUCAAGUUGUCUGCUCCUAUACCCACUCUUUUCUCUUCCUAUCCAUAUUUGGUUACUGCCCUUUCAUGUCACUGCACGCAUUUGUCUCUAAUUUUGUGAAUAACCUUAAAGUAUAAAACAUAGUAACCACUCCUGGAUCAUUGAGAACAUGAGAAAUAAGCUAAUAGGCCUGCUGAAGGACUGCAACUUUACUUUUUUAUGGCUGUAAGAUUUAUAAUUGUCUCUUACAGCUCAAUUGGGUUAACUAUGAAGCUCAUUGAAUGGUUUAGAAAUUUCAUAUAGUUGGCGAUUCUAUUCUUUAAAACCUUUAUCUAGAAAGGAAGCAAUUGCCUGUUUGUUGUUUCUAAAAUCAGCUUUUAAGAAGCGAGAAAACAAGUAUGGAGGAUGAUGAUGAGGUUAGUUU